CAACUACAUAUUGACGAAAUGUUUUACGGUGUAACAGUUAUCUUUGACACAAACCCCAUACGCAUUGCAAGUUGCGUAACGUCUAGGAAGUUGUAACAAAGGAGGAUGCACGGAAACGCGAGAAAAUUAUAGAACGCAAAAAAAGAAAACGCAAGGUUGAGCGGAAGAAGAAAAAAAAAUCGCAAGGGUUUAACGAGGAAACGAUUCAUUCUGAAAACGAUUGUUGUGGAAGCAAGUUUAGUUUAUAAACACGUCCGAAAAUUUGAAAAGGUCCGCGAUUAAAAACAAUUGUAUACGACAUGGCGCAGCCUGUAGAAAAGUCGACACGUACACGUGAUCAGAAAAGGAGAGCUAAAGACUUGGCCCGCGAGUUGGCGGAGGAAAAGUCGAAAAAUGCAGUUUUGGUGCAAGCCUUGGAACGAAGCCUUAAAGCGAACGAAGAGUCUCAGGCAGGAAGUUCGAAUGAUAAUGAGGUAAGGCGGACGGAGGUUUUAGAGGAACCCGAGAUCGAGUUUAAUGCUGAAGGAAGAUUAAGCAGUACGAGACAUGUACCUGGUGCAAGCUUCGAGGAAUCUAAAUUCCUAUCAUCAAUGAACCAACUCUCCGUUGCGUCGAUUAACGUUCCGGAGUGUAAAUCAGCGGAUGAUGAUGAAAUACAUCAUCAGACUUAUGAACAAUGGAAAGAUCUGCUGAUCGACUCCCUUAAAUUAGCUGGAAUCGAGGACGAGACUACAAAAUUCACAGUAUUUAAGGUGAAAGCUGGGGCUCGACUGCUUGAGAUUUUCCGAAACACAAGAUCGCACACUAACUCACCAGAUCCAGCAAAGGCACCAUUUUCGAACGCACUGCACCGUUUGCAAAGCUACUUUGGUUCUGGCUCGGACAUGAUGCUAAUGCGACGUAAGCUAGCGAUGAUGGCUCAAAAACAAGACGAAUCAGAUAUAAACUUCCUCAUACGUGUCGGUUCUACUGCUCGACUUUGCCAGUUUGAUGGAGAAAAGGAGUUUGAGCAAAUCGUCGCUACGGUAGCUGAACAUUCAAGAAAUCGGGAUGUCCGCACAACAGCAUUGAAAAUGCUCAGUCGAAAGGGCACUUUUAUCGACCUGGUAGAUAAGGUGCGAGAGAUAGAAACUAUCCGACUGAACGAAGAAUACGUCAUGCAAAGACAUCGAGAUCAAGAACAAGCACUAAUUGCACCGGUGCAAUCUUUCCCCAGUUGGGAUGUCUCUCGUCAACGAAGAUACCCGAACAGUUUUGGAUCUCGUGGUGGUGUAUACCAACGAGGAAGUUACCGUGGAAACUCUACUAGAGGAAGACAGAUGUAUCGAGGUGGAUUUUUUAACGCCCACAUGAAUAAUGGGCGUGGAUUUCAGUCUAGAAUGAAUAGAGGUGGCCGACCCGAAGUUCCAACGGUUGAAAGUUGUUGGCGUUGUGGGGGUGUCUAUCACUCGCCAAAUGAUUGUAACUCUAAGGAAAAGACAUGCAACAGAUGUGGACAAGUAGGACAUAUUCAACGAGUAUGUUAUGGCUCUUUGAAACGCGCGGGUGGAGAGGUUUCGACUGUGCCUCCUAGCAAGAUCGCGGCAGUUGAGACACAAGGAAAAUCAGAAGAAGUUCCUAUGACACAAGAUUCGGAAAUAAAAUACGAUUCAAAAGACAUCAAACAUAAUACACAAUUAUCUACACUGAAAGAGAAAAACGCUGGCGAUGAUGAUCGUGAUGGUCGGGCAGUUCAUGUGAAUGAUGAAAACGAAGAAUCACAUGCCGCAAUCAUCCAUAUUGUUCACCAUCCGUGCAUAAUUCCGACUUCAAUUGAUAAAGUCGCUCACAUUGAAUCCUCGGAUGGAUUCAUCACGGGGGUGGUAGCAGGAUUGAGAUGUCAAUUUCUGAUCGAUUCCGGCGCCCAAGUGAACACGUUCACAUUGGUUAUGUUUGAGAAGAUCAUGUCAGAGUCAAGGUACAGCAGAGAAAUGUAUAACGUGAGCUACGAUACAGAUCGCUCCCUGAAAGCGUACGCUACAUCUGGAGAAAUUAAGGUGGUAGCAACAUUUCACGCGUAUCUCCAUAUUACGAACGACAGACCUACAUUACUAGAAAAGUUUUACGUCGUGCAAGAGGAAGCACUUCAGCGGAAGGUCUUGGACGAAUGUGAAGGAUGCGUUAAUUACUUGGACGACGUCCUCGUAUUCGGUCUAACGAAGGAAGAGCAUGACAAGAAUCUGGAGGUAGUACUAUCACGAUUGGCCAAUCACAACGUCAAAUUGAAUGAGAGUGAAAUGGCAACAAAACGUAUAAUGCGUCAGUACUUCUGGUGGCCUAAAAUGUCCAAAGAUAUAGAACGAUUCAUCAAGAAUUGCGAAAUCUGCACCCUUCUGUCAAGAAGAAACCCUCCUCUGCCCUUGAGACCUAGAGCCUUACCUGACGGUCCAUGGGAGGUUUUACAAAUUGAUUUUCUAACGGUUACUCAAUUUGGGACAGGUGAGUUUCUAGUCGUCGUCGACACGUUUUCUCGGUAUUUAGCUGUAGUAGAGAUGAAAUCAUUGGAUGCUGCUAGCACGAAUUCCGCUCUAUGUGAGGUAUUUCAAACGUGGGGAUUGCCUAUGGUAAUCCAGAGCGACAACGGGCCGCCUUUCCAAAGCUCUGCUUUUAAAAUGUUUUGGGAAGAAAAGGGUGUAUCCAUUCGCAAAUCAAUACCUCUCAGCCCCCAAUCCAAUGGCGCGGUUGAGAGGCAAAAUCAGGGUAUUAUAAAAGCGUUGUCGGUUGCUAAGCUGGAAGAGAAGAAUUGGCGAAAAGCACUCCAAGAUUAUGUACACAACCAUAACACACUGGUACCUCAUUCGAGACUACGAGUUACUCCAUUCGAACUGAUGACCGGAUGGAAGUAUCGUGGAAUAUUUCCCGGACUCUGGAACAAUUCCAAAAGCGAUCGAAUUGAUGUAGACGACAUUCGCGAGCGAGAUGCAGAGUACAAACUUUCUAGUAAAGUGUACGCUGAUGCUGUACGUGGAGCCAGAGAUUCCGAUAUCAAGGUGGGCGAUGUAGUAUUGCUAGCACAACAAAGGAAAAAGAAAACCGAUCCAACGUUCUCUCCGGAAAGGUACAGGGUUAUUGCCAGAAAUGAGGCCCGCGUUGUGGUAAUGAGCACUACAGGUGUCCAGUACGCUCGAAACAUCCAAGAUAUAAAAAUUGCUCCAGCUCAGACAGACGAUUCUUGCGAUAAGGUACAACAGGAACACCAGGAUGAAGAAACAGCUACGUAUCUGAAGCACGAUUUUUUAUCGAAUGGGCAUCAACCAUCGAUUCAGCAAAGUUCACUUCCUUCAGAAAACAAUUCCGCAUCUCCGUCAAAUUCGGAUACAUCCAAAAAUACAAUUCCGACCUCCAAAGAAUCUCGGUCGCUUCGCGACAGGAAAGUGAUAAAACGGCCAACGCGAUAUGAAGAUUUUGUAUAUCACGUUUUUCAUUAGGCUCAAAUUUCUUCGCAUUGAAAUUUUCAUUGUUUAUUUUCAAAAUCCCCAUAGCAACCACUACAUUCCAACAUUAAUGUAUUCCCGUAAAGGCUUUAAAUAUUCCUGAAAAUAAAGAGAUGAGAUUAAUUAUUUAACUUGUGUCGAUUACCUUUUAAUUAAGUCUUAAGAGUAGAGAUGAAGAAAGAUGUAGGAACUGAGGAUUCUGAAAAAUAAUAUCUAAAAUAAACAAAAACAUAAUUUAUGCUAAAACAAAAUUCUGCUGUCAAAAAAAUAAAACAGGAUGUGAGACGACAUGUGUAUA